AUGCCGCCGGCCGAGGCCACAGACUUCCUACUUCCACUUGUCAUCAUCUGUGUAGCCGGAAGCGCACCUGCUAACCUCACCUCUUCCACUACCACCUACGACACGGUGGUGAACACCAAGGAUGUGGCUCAGGCCUCCCGCCUGGGCAUUGGCCCCUGGACUCUGGCUCCCGGGGUCCGCUCCCACGUCCUCUGCUGCUCCCCUGCCCAGGACCUUCUGGGCAAGGAGCCCGUCCCUUCCGGGAGGCCUGAGGCGGGGUUGGGGGAGGGUGUGGGGACAGAGGGAGAAAACGGCCACACAGUGUGUGGCUCUGGGGCCACCCCGUUCCCGUGUCUCACAGCCUGGCUGCACCUCCGAGCCUGGCCAGACCCCGUGUUCGAGGGAGACGCCCUGACUCUGCGAUGUCAUGGAUCGGCCAACAAGGUCCUGUCCCAGGUGAAGUUCUACAAAGACGGAAGAUUACUCCAAACCCCGAAGACCAGAUGGUCCCUGUCCAUGGGGACGGCUACCCUGGAAAGCAGCGGCCAGUACAGCUGCUCUGGGAAGGUGGCGUACAUCCCAUACCUGGGCAGACAAACCUCAGAGCUGGUCAAGGUUCAAGUCCAAGAGCCGUUCCCGCCUCCUGUGCUGAGCGCUGUCCCCUCUCCCGAGCUCCAUGAGGGGAGCUCGCUGACCCCGAGAUGCCAGGCAAAGCUGCACCCCCAGAAGUCGGCCCUGAGGCUCCUCUUCUCCUUCCACAGAGAUACCAGCACCUUGCAGGACUGGGGCCCCCACCCGGAGCUCUGCCUCCCAGGAGCCCAGGAGAGAGACUCUGGGCUUUACUGGUGCCGGGCCACCCUUGAGGGUGGUGUGGCCCAGAAGCAGAGCCCCCAGCUGGAGGUCAGGGUGCAGGGUGAGUGGCAGAGGCCGGUCCGCAGAGAGGACCACUCCAGCAACAGGGGAGAAGGAGACGCGGAGAGGAACCUCUACCUGGAAGCGGCUCGGAGGCCCUGGGCCCUGGGCGCCAGCUCUGAGCUUGACUCGACGUCCUUUCCAGACACUUCUGCAAAGCCGCCAGGCCUCCCCUGGAGUGUCUUUGUUUGCACGGGGACCUCGGCCACCAGACAGUCUAACAACGUGGCUUAUGAUGAGGGUUUCGGGACAUGA